UCUACAUCCACGUGUACUUCACCAAGAGUGGCUUCCACCCCGACCCCCGGCAGAAGAACCUGUACCGGCGCCUGGCCACCGUCCACACCUCACGAAUGAUCAACAAGUACAAGCGCCGGCGGUUCCAGAAAACCAAGAACCUCCUGACGGGCGAGACGGAGGCAGACCCAGAAAUGAUCAAGAGGGCAGAGGACUACGGCCCCGUGGAGGUCAUCUCCCACUGGCACCCCAACCUGACCAUCAACAUGGUGGACGACCACACGCCCUGGGUGAAGGGCAGCGUGCCACCCCCCCUGGACCAGUAUGUGAAGUUCGACGCCGUCAGUGGCGACUACUACCCCAUCCUCUACUUCAACGACUACUGGAACCUGCAGAAGGACUAUUUCCCCAUCAACGAGAGCCUGCAGCGCCUGCCCUUCCGCCUCUCCUUCUGCCCCCUCUCCCUCUGGCGCUGGCAGCUCUAUGCUGCCCAGAGCACCAAAUCCCCCUGGAAUUUCCUGGGCCCUGUUGCUCUCCUGGAGACAAACCCCUACCUGCUGGCACUGACCAUCAUCAUCUCCAUCGUGCACAGCAUCUUCGAGUUCCUGGCGUUCAAAAACGACAUCCAGUUCUGGAACAGCCGGCAGUCUUUGGAGGGGCUCUCCGUCCGCUCCGUCUUCUUCGGCGUCUUCCAGUCCCUCGUCGUCCUCCUCUACAUCUUGGACAACGAAACCAACUUCGUGGUGCAGGUCAGCGUCUUCAUCGGGCUCCUCAUCGACCUCUGGAAGAUCACAAAGGUCAUGGACGUCCGGCUGGACCGUGACAACAAGGUGGCAGGCGUGUUCCCCCGCGUCACCUUCAAAGACAAAUCCACCUACAUCGAGUCUUCCACCAAGGUGUAUGACGACAUGGCUUUCCGGUACCUCUCGUGGAUCCUGUUCCCCUUGCUGGGCUGUUAUGCUGUGUACAGCCUGCUCUACCUGGAGCACAAGGGCUGGUACUCGUGGGUGCUGAGCAUGCUCUACGGCUUCCUCCUGACCUUUGGUUUCAUCACCAUGACCCCCCAGCUCUUCAUCAACUACAAGCUGAAGUCGGUCGCCCACCUGCCCUGGCGGAUGCUCACCUACAAAGCCCUCAACACCUUCAUCGACGACCUCUUCGCCUUC